UGCACGCCAGCGUCCCCCCGCCCCCUGCGGCUUGGCCUUCGGCGCGUGCGCAGCGAGUGCUGGCGGUAGGGAGGACUGAAGAGGCAGGACAUGACACAAGUGGCAUAUCCCGGCCAUGGGGUCCCAGCAUUCAAGCUCUUCUCGUCCCUUUUACUGCAAGCGGAAGAAAGAUGACAGGGAGGAUUUGCAGGCUGAAAGGGAGCAGGAAGAAGCCAUUGCUCAGUUCCCAUAUGUGGAGUUCACCGGUCGAGAUAGCAUCACCUGUCUCACGUGCCAGGGGACAGGCUACAUUCCAACAGAACAAGUAAACGAGUUGGUGGCUUUGAUCCCCCACAGUGAUCAGAGAUUACGACCUCAGAGAACCAAGCAGUACGUCCUCCUGUCUGUCCUGCUCUGUCUCCUGGCGUCUGGUUUGGUGGUUUUCUUCCUGUUUCCACAUUCAGUCCUUGUGGAUGAAGACGGCAUCAAAGUGGUGAAGGUCACCUUUAAUAAGCAGGACUCCCUUGUAACCCUCGCCAUCACGGCCACCCUGAAAAUCAGGAACUCCAAUUUCUACUCUGUGGCAGUGACCAGCCUCUCCAGCCAAGUUCAGUACAUGAACACAGUGGUUGGCACAUACGUGACCACUAACGUCUCCCUCAUUCCACCUCGGAGCGAGCAACUGCUUCUUCUGCACAUUACCGGAUAUCGUGGUGCACAACAUAGUGAUCUUCAUGCGAACUUCAGUGAAGAUUUCAUACAUUGGCCACAUGACACAGAGCUCCUUGGAGACACAUCACUAUGUGGACUGUGGAGCAAAUUCCACAGCUGUUUAGCAACUGCUCUUGGUCCUUCCAUGGCAGCACCUGCCAGAAGAGACACAGCACCUGUUCCCAGGGCCCGAGUUUCAUACCUUUCCCAGGCGGUAGAAGGAAAGGAGACAUUGGUUCUCUUCAUCGCCAGCAAAUAUCCUCGUGCCACUUAGGAGGGGAGAGCUCCUCUUGGUAGCACCAUCUGUUUCUCAGAACCAGCAGAUUCACUGCCCAGUGCCUGGCCGGUGCCCAGCAAAUAGUAGGCACUCAGAGAAAGUUUGGAGAAUUCAGUCCCAAUCCUUUCGGCUCUUCUUAGGGCAUUACAAAUAGAAAUCACACCGUGGUUCCUGGUUAUCAAUGCAGAGUGACAUGGAGCUCGGACUGUGAGUGCAGCUGCAGAACUAUCCUCAUCUGCACAGAAGACAGAGGGUGGGAACAUUUGAAUACAUAAGCACAGACCACUUAAUAUGGGAAAUGUUUUCAUCUGUUCACAAAUGCCUAGGAACUUAAAAAAAAUUUUUUUCCUGUAGAAAGUAACAAUUGUUUUUACCAAGAGUCUUUGUGAGGCUUGAUUUACCCUUCAUCCAUUGGCUGGAACAUGGAUUGGGGAUUUGGUAGAAAAAUAAACCCUGCUUUUUUGAUUCACCUCCA